AUGAACCUUGACACUACUAGUAGUAGUAAAGCCUUGCUGGGCUCAGGCUGGUCUCCACCACCCUCCAUUACCUCCUCUCCAUGUAUACAACUUGAAGCCCAAAAAUCAGCAAAGUCCUCCAACAUUUGCCUACCAGACAAAGUAUCAGACCAACACUUGCUUGACAAUCUCAAGGCAGUACUGAAAGCAAGACUUGACCUUGAAGAUAAUCAAGAUGGCUUAAGCCUGGGGCACUGUGCUAUCAUUCUUGAGGCUCUUCAAAAUCCUCGACCCAACACAUUCGUCAUCACCAAUGUUACACCUGCAGAGUAUGCUGUAGUUUUUGCAUUUAUAUCAGAGGAAUCAGAUUUCAGUAUCAGAGCAAAAUUCAACUAUUUCCAGGACAUGCAAGAGCUUCAAAUCAUGACCCCACUCUCUAUCCAUGAACAACCAACCACGCAUCUUUUCAAGGCUGUCACCAAGUACACUGAUGGUAUCCCUUACAACAAACAACUCAUCGACGUCACCCUCCAUCUAAAUCACCGCAUGCAGAACAAAGACUUCACCAAUAUUCCCGACUUAUGGCAACAGUCAAAGGACGAUAGCAUUGCAAGUCAAAUCCUUUGUGCGAGUCCCACCUUGGACUAUGAAGAUUUCAUCCCUCAUCGUAUCAAAAAAUCAUUGAAGUUUGGGCCAGUAACUAUCCACUCCCACAUCUGGAUCGAUGUGGCUCAAGUCCGAUACACCAUGUUCAAGCACAGUGCAGAUGGCCACUUCGACUUCAGCAGUAAGAACACAGAGACGUUCGCAGAAGAGACCAUCUACCCUGAGAUCAAGAUGGACAACGUCGAACGCAUGUUGAGUGAGGCCGCUGGGAGUUUGAAAGAAUAUAUUAUAUCAUUGUUGGAGGGGAUGGGGUCAGAGGAGCCUGCAAUCCGGAGUGCACGUGAGUCUCGUCCUGUGUGGGACCCCAUGUGGGAGGCUGCUGUGAACCAGAUCUCUACCGCCGUGUAUCUUACGGCUUACUGCCGCUAUGUGGAUUGGCAUCACCACAUAUACGACAAGUGCAAGUCGUCGCAUCAAGAAGUCACUCAGGCUACUUCCACUUCACUGCUCUUGUCUGAUCCAACAGCUGGGUCCUCAUCCAACCUCACCACUUCAUCCUCAACUGAUCAGCCGCACACGCCCUCCACUGGAUUAUUGAUUGAUAUUGAACUGGCACGCUUAGCGAAGAAAGCGAAGGUGGACAACAGGAAGGUUCCCGAGGCAAAGACGAAGAAGUCCAAGUCCAAGAAGGCGAAGGGACAGGCAAAAAACUUGUAG